UUCCCGGAGUCUACGACGCUUUAUCUGCGGCUAUCGUGCAGCAGACCGGUUUCUCCGCCGCUUUGAUCUCCGGUUACGCUCUCUCCGCCGUGACUUUGGGAAAACCCGAUUUCGGUUUGAUAACACCCCCGGAGAUGGCAGCAACGGCGAGAGCAGUUUGUGCUGCUGCUCCAAAGAUUCCAAUCUUUGCGGAUGGAGAUACUGGUGGAGGAAAUGCUCUCAAUGUUCAAAGAACCAUCAAGGACUUAAUCGCUGCUGGUGCUGCUGGUUGCUUCCUUGAGGACCAGGCAUGGCCAAAGAGGUGUGGACAUAUGCGUGGCAAGGAGGUCAUACCUGCGGAGGAGCACGCUGCUAAAAUAGCAUCAGCAAGAGACGCUAUUGGAGAUUCUGACUUUUUCCUCAUUGCAAGGACUGAUGCGCGUGCCCUUUCCGCUAAAACAGGACUUUCAGAUGCCAUUGACCGUGCUAAUCUCUACAUGCAGGCUGGAGCUGAUGCUUCCUUUGUUGAGGCACCAAGGGAUGACGAUGAGCUUAAGGAAAUUGGAAAGCGCACAAAAGGUUACAGAGUGUGUAACAUGCUUGAAGGUGGACGCACGCCAUUGCAUACACCUGAUGAGCUUAAAGAAAUGGGAUUUCAUCUGAUUGCUCACCCACUUACCUCGCUCUAUGCAUCGACUAGAGCUCUUGUCGAUGUUCUCAAGAUUCUCAAGGAAAAGGGAACCACCAAAGAUCACUUAGAAAAGAUGAUUACUUUCGAGGAGUUUAACCGCUUGGUGGACUUGGAUUCAUGGUAUGAGCUCGAAACCAAGUACUCAAACCUCAGGAACGCUCUUGGCGAAACAAAGUAGUGAGAUUCUGACAAACUCUGGCCACAAUGGAAAUAGCUCUUGGACAAUGUCAUCUUCUUUUUCAUUUACAAAUGAAGCUGUUUGUAUCAUAUCACAUCAAUAACACUGCGUUUUGGGUUAGCAUUUUCAAUGCACGCUUCUCUGGUUUGAUGUC